AUGGGGACCCUGGAGACCCUUCUGCUCAGCACCCUGCUCCUGUCGCCGGCUGAGGCCCAGCAGGCCUCAGAGCGUCAUCUGAAGCCAUGGCUGGUGGGCCUGGCUGCUGUCGUGGGGUUCCUGUUCAUCAUCUUCAUCCUCAUGCUGGCCAACCGUAUCUGGUGCUCCAAAGAGAGAGCUGAGGAUGAAGAGGGGUCUGCAUUCAGAAGGGAUCCCCACUUGAACGAGGAAGUGGACCUGAGUAAAGAAGACCAGAAGGGGAAGAAAGAGAAGGAGAAAAAGGCCAAGAAGGAAGGAGAGAGCAACUUGGGGCUGGAGCUGGAGGAGAAAGAGGAGCCCAGAGACCAGGAGAAAGUCAAGAACAUGGCCAUGUGA